AUAAAGGAAUUUUUCAUCUGAUUUCUUAUAUAGAUAGCGCUGGGAUCGUACAGUAUUUUUGGGAAUUUAAGGAAUAAAAAGCGGAGUGGGUGCAGUGUAAUUAUUUUCGCUAAAAAUAAGGAUAUUUUAUUGCGAGAAAAGUUGAGUUUUAUUUUUAAAUGUUAAGUAUUAGACAUUAACGUAGUAUAGUCCAUACGUCGGCAUUCUAGGAUUAAUGUCAGCAAGAAUUUACCAAAAUAUAAAUACUUUACUGUAAGAAAAGAUUGAGUGACCAUUUAAUUUUAAAAUGUUAAGUUAAUUAGAUAUUAAGGUAAUAUAGACCAUACGUCGGCAUUCUAGGGUUAAUGUCAGCAAGAAUUUACCUGCUAACCGAAGACCGUAUCGCGUUUAGUCAGUUGUGCGUACACUAAUUCUGCCCAUGCGGAAUAUCAGACGAUUAAUGCAAUUUGAAACUAAUUAUUUAUUAGUGUAAUCAAUUAAAAUGCCUUCUCGUAUUCGAACUCAACUCUUUAUAGUGGCUUGUAUUAAUAUAGGACAGUUUAUAGACGGAUACAGUGUGGGAUGGUCGGCACCCAUCAUCCCAAAGCUACAAGACCCCAAUCAGUCCCCGCUCCCCGACACCAUUACAGAGUUUGAGGUCUCUAUGAUAGGAUCACUGUUAUACAUAGGAGCUAUAGUAGGACCAUACAUACCAAGUUACUUAUCAAAUAUCGUCGGUCGGAAGCCAUGUCUCUUUGCUGGCGGAUUCUUAAAUCUAACAUCCCUGAUUCUAAUAGUAACUACAACAAACAUCUCUAUGGUCUAUGCCAUAAGGAUCAUAAGCGGCUUGGGCAUGGGAAUGGUAACAGUCAGUAACUUGGUGUACGUUGGAGAAAUAUCUUCACCAGAUAUCCGGGGUAUUCUUUUAACCUCAACUUCCAUAGUGGGUAUAUUCGGAACUCUGGCGGCCUACACGAUCGGGCCAUUCGUAUCGUACGCCGCGACUGGCUACAUUGUCCUAGUUGUAAAUAUUAUCCACGUGAUUGGAAUACUAUUUAUUCCGGAAUCACCUGUCUAUUACGCUAUAAAAGGUAAGCAAACAGAAGCAAAAGAAACUCUUCGCUACCUCGGCAGAUUAGAUGACUUGGAGAAUGUCUUCGAAUCAGUCAGGGGCACGAACCCCAAUGAGGGACACACCUGGAGAGCCUGGAUUAAGAUAUUUACCGUCAAAGCUAACCGAAGGUCUUUGUAUAUCACGCUCUCCCUCUGCACCUUGCAGCAAUUGAGUGGAGUGGCUGCUUGCCUCUUCUUCACCACUACUAUAUUCCAACUAGCUGGAUCUUCUAUAAGGCCAGACCUCGCCACAAUCCUUGUGGGUGCGACCAGGCUGAUCUCGAGCAUGAUAGCGCCCACUGUGGUGGAGCGAGCUGGUCGGAGAAUAUUGCUGCUCGUAUCGACUGCCUCUUGCUCCUUAAGUUUGGGAGUCCUUGGCGCCUACUUCUAUCUGCGUCGUGUGGAGAGUUCGGUGAUUGGAGACAUCGGGUGGCUGCCGCUGGUGGCUCUAAUCACUUACUUCUUCUCUUAUGAAUUAGGUUUUGGCACGAUGCCCAGCGCGCUCGUCGGCGAAAUGUUCGGCGGGAAUGCUCGUAGCACCGGCUCAGCUGUUUCCAUGACAACGGCUUGGCUAAUUGGCUUUGGUAUCGCCACCGGCUUUGGUUCGAUGGUGAAGAACCUCGGUGGUGACAUCACUUUCGGGAUUUUCUCUUGCUCCUGUGUUGUUGCGUUUUUGUUUACUUAUAAGUUUGUUCCGGAGACUAAAGGAAGGAGUUUGCAUGAGAUCCAAGAAUUAUUGAGGAGGUGAUAUCAAGGGUUUCCGAAACCGUUUAUCGGUUGAUAAAAGGAAUCCCGUCACAAUUAUUUUCAACAUUUAUAUUCCUUAGUUUUUGAGUCCUUCCUUACAAUUUUUUUAUAAACUAAUACAGUUACAGAGCAACUUAACUGGUACAUUGCGUAUUGUAAAUAAUAUUAAUGGACGCCCAAAAUAUCUUUUCCCAAUCCUCUUUCUUUCAGUACUGCAAAGAACACAAUUCUCUAGUGUCUAAAGACAUAGUUAAUGAAUUUUUAUCUAUUUCACCAUCGCCUACUAAGUUGUCUACCUACUGGAAAGAACUUAAAAAAUAGACUUAUUAUUGUUAGCUCGUAGUUUUCAAAGAAUUUUAUGCAAUGCCAUAAGUGUAGAAGCAAGAUAGUAAAAUGAUUAAGAUGACUGAUGCACGAGAACAAUAUAUAAAAGUAUUUUGACAAUACGUUACUAAAUGAAACCACAUACUCGCCUUCACGUUUGUUGACAUUGUGCAAAAAUCAUCCAUUAAUAACUUAUUUAUCUCCAAAAAUCCUAGUUUUAUUUUUCUGAGUUUUUGACCAUUUUAUAGUUUGUUUUAAUGCCAAUAUGGCGUCUGUGUGAGUGAUUUUCUGACUGAAAGUAUGUUGCCGCGAAUCCUCUUUGAGUAGUAGUGCCACUACUAGGGCACGUAAAAUUAAAAUUACUUUUUAAUACUAUUUAUUUUGUUCAAAACUUACACUUUUUAUUUUACAUCUACGGCUCAAAUAACUUAUUGUAAAGUGUUAUUUCUAAGUAGAUAAGUAUGUUGUUUCAUUUAGUAACGUGAUGUCAAAAUGACCCUGUACAUAUAUGAUUGACCGAAAUUGCGAUGAUAUUGUGUACCUAGGUUUAAAAAUGUAUAAAAUAAAAUA